AUGGAAUUGUCGAGCAGCGCUUCGGAAGCAGAUUCUGGCUCUCCGCCGACCCCCUUGUUCGGGAACCAGGACGAGCAGGACGAGCAGGACGAGCAGGACAAGCAGGACGAGUUCGAACAACCACGACCAAUCACCAACGGCCCAAAUUUGUCGGCGCUUGGAAGCCUCUUUCCAUUCGAACGUCGGCUGGACUUGCCCCACUUUCGACCGCCGCCUCAAAUGCCGUCUCUCCUUUCUGACUCUCAGACAACGCAUCUACGGGAUACGUCGUGGCUCAACUGUUCAGUCUCGUUGCUCUAUUUGCUCAGCCGCGGCUAA